AUCACAGAGCACUUGCUCUUGCAGCACACCGCCUCGUUCAAGCGCGCAACGCAGCAUGCAUUCCUCCGCGCAGCCGGAAGUGGGGAGCUGCCGGCGCUCGCGUUAGAGGCGUGGCUGCGUCAAGACCGGCUGUAUGCGAGCAUCGGCUAUGUCCGCCUGCUUGGGCUCAUGCUCGCCCGCAUGCCUGUUAGCGACGAGGCCCCUGGCACGGCAAAAAGUCAGCGCGCGGCAAGAGUCAGGAAGCUGCUUGCGGCGGCGCUGAGCAAUAUAGAUAGAGAGAUCAACUUUUUCGAGCAGACGGCAGCAGACUUUGGCUUGAGCCUGAAAGCUGAAAAUACAGAUGAGCUGCUGGGUCCGUAUGCCCCAGUGACAAAGGCAUACAUCGACUGGAUAGUCCAUAUAGCCACAACGGGCAGCUUUGAAGAGCAGCUGAUCCUGCUAUGGGCCAUGGAGGAGCUCUACCUCACGGCCUGGACCUGCGCCUUGUCUCAGGCGCCAUGGUCUUCGAUUGUAGAUCCGUCCGCGCGUCCCAACACGGCUCUGCGACACUUUAUCGAGAACUGGACAUCGAGGGAGUUCGUCGCUUUUGUCCAGGAAAUCCGUGAGCUCACGGACGAAUUCUGCACUGAUGCACAAGGGGCCAGACUGGCGUCAUAUGAGGAGGUGUGGCGCCAGACGCUGUGGUACGAGGAAAGAUUCUGG